AUGUACCUGCAUCGAGCAAGAGCAUGUAGCACCCACAGCAGAGAUCCGAAGCCGUGGACAAUCGCCUUUCUUACAGUACUUGCCCUGAUGAUGGCAGCAGUGACUAUUGGACUUCUGGCUCAUGUCUUGGUCUCUGAUAUUCAAGUCGUUAGCAAUUCAGGACAAAAGAGUUCAAAUCAAUUCAAGAACUUACAGGAAAUGAAUGAAAAUUUGGUAGAUGAAAGAUUUGUAGAUUCGGCCUUGAACAAGCACUACAUCAAAAACCACAUAGUCAGACAUAUUCCAGAAGAAGAUGUUGUGAAAGCAGACAUUAUUAGGGUGCUCCAUGCCCCCUCUACUGGACAAAGAACUAUGGGAGAAAAAAAGAACCACAGCAUCUUAAAUCAGAAGAUAAGGAACACAAGAGCCUUGCCAGCUGAUGUCUUGGUAGUUCAAGUAAAUGAUUGUGGCAAACGAGCUAUCCCAUUAAUUGCCAACAGAAUAGUAUCUGGAAAUCUUGCAGCUAGGGGUGCCUGGCCUUGGCAAGUUUCUCUUCAGCGCAGCAACAUCCAUCAAUGUGGGGGCACUUUGAUUAGCAACAUGUGGGUGGUUACUGCAGCACACUGUUUCAGAACUAAUGCAAACCCACGCCAAUGGACUCUUAGUUUUGGAACAACAAUAAACCCUCCCUUAAUGAAAAGGGACGUCCGAAAAAUUAUUAUGCAUGAGAGGUACCGCCCCCCAGCCAGAGACCAUGACAUUGCCCUUGUGCAGUUUUCUCCGAGAGUCACCUUUUCAGACGACGUACGCCGAAUUUGUUUACCAGAGCCCUCUGCAUCCUUCCCGCCAAAUUCGACUGUCUACAUCACGGGAUUUGGAGCACUCUACUACAGUGGGGAAUCUCAAAAUGAGCUCCGAGAAGCCAGAGUACAGAUUAUAAGCAACGACAUCUGCAAGCAACCACAGGUGUAUGGCAAUGACAUAAAGCGUGGGAUGUUCUGUGCUGGGUAUCUGGAAGGAAUUUAUGAUGCCUGCAGGGGUGAUUCUGGGGGACCAUUAGUUGUCAGAGACAAUAAAGACACCUGGUAUCUCCUUGGAAUUGUGAGCUGGGGAGAUAAUUGUGGCCAAAGGAACAAACCUGGAGUCUACACACAAGUGACUUAUUAUCGGCGCUGGAUUGCUUCAAAAACGGGUCUCUAA